AAUCGGCCAAAGUGAAAAGAUACACACCCCCAGAUACGCUUUAACGAACUGCAACCCAAGAGGGCGCGAUCUGUCUCAGGCGCCGUCACGCGAAAUUAAAGGCAGCCGAAGAUGAUUAAAGGGCGCCGUGCACGCGCCGUCGGCGGAGGCACGAAAAAGUCUGGCUCGAGUUCGGCCAAAUCUUGCCCCACGAUGCAUGAAGACACCGCCAGCCCCAAGCGUAAGGAUCUCAAAUUCGAUCGUUCCAACAACGAGCAGCACACUGCAACGGGAGCGGCACUGGCAAACAAAUCUUCCGCACUGUCGAACGAACCAAUGCUGCUGAGGGGUGGUAGACGCACGCACACGUCAGACAUAUCGCGCUAUUUGCAGACGACGGUGAAGUCCAAAAAUGUCCCGACUGUUCAACCAUUGGCAGCAUCUAGAGCCAACGAAAGAUUUGUCGACAUCACGGACGAAAACACAUGCGAUGCCUUUGACGCCCAACAUGGCGGGGACGACGACGACGACGACGACCUGUGCAUUACUGCCAUAACGCACCCAAGCGACCAUGGGAACAAAUCAAACGGACCAAGGAAGAGCAAUAACCAUAACAACAACAACAACAACAUAUUCCUGCAGGAGCCUGUGCUCAGUUUGAAUUUUGAGAAAACCCCAACCUCGCCGACCCGGGCGUGCAUCAUACUGCAAAGCUCCUCCUUCCUAGCGUCAGCGGAUCUGAAAAGCACUCUGUUCUCGUCGCCAUCGCAACCAAAGAACGAUUCCCCGUGGAAUGGAAUCGUAACGUCACCGAAUUGCCAAACUCGCGGUAGCGAUCCGGAUCAACCACAAACACCUAUCAAAAGCCUCGAGCACCCAUUCGCUUUGGACCUGUCGAAGCCUACGCAAGUAACGCAGAUCGACUCGACCACUUCGACGGCGGAAAUGUGUCUGCAUCAGGAGGACAGCAACUCGUGUGACAGUGGCGACAGUGGUGUCGUAAUCUUGUCCGUCAGUGAUGCAAAUACGACCUCGUCGUCCUCUCCAGUGACUGCGGGCACCAGGCCAGCAGCGCCGUUUGGUGCAAAUGUAACAGAUAGUGUGGAAAAGCGCAAAAAACCAUCCACUCCCCAUCGGAUACUUUGUCCGUCACCCGUUAAAAAUGCCAUUGUAUGCCUUCCAACCGCGGGGGGAACUCUGGUCUCCUCGUUAGGCAAUAAUCAGAAAAGCCGCCGGGCAGGAUCAACCAAGUCCCGUAAGAGGUUAAAUAUUAAAAAUGCCGAGAAUGCUCCAGGUAUUCAACCGCUGACGAACGGGAAUCAGGCUGGCACCUUCAGUGCCGAAGGCCAGGGAGAAAAUUCCGAUGCAAUGGCUCGUCAGUUAAUUGUCGUUCCGCUGCCAUCCCGAAAGCCGACUAUUGGCGGUAAUAAGAAAAUUACCGAGUUCUAUCCCGUGCGACGUAGCGUAAGAAAAACGAAAAAGGAAGUUCAAGUUGAACGUGACCGCGAUAUUGAACUAGCCAUCCGUGACGGGCGGGAAGAGGGUUUAAAGAUUGAGCAUUUUGAAGGAAAAGGCCGUGGCAUUGUCACUACGCGCAGCUUCAGCAAAGGCGAGUUCGUCGUGGAGUACAUUGGUGAUCUGAUAACUGUUGCCGAAGCGAAACAGCGUGAGCAAAGUUAUGCCGAGGACGAUAACACUGGAUGUUACAUGUACUACUUUAAACACAAAAACAUCCAACACUGCAUCGAUGCAACGGCCGAAAGUGGUAAACUGGGACGCCUGGUGAACCAUUCGCGGAAUGGCAACCUGUUGACCAAAACGGUCAGCAUUGACAAUCGGCCCCAUUUGGUGCUAAUAGCCAAAGAUGACAUUGAGAAAGGCGUGGAGGUAACCUAUGAUUACGGCGACCGAUCGAAGGAAGCACUACAGUACUAUCCCUGGUUAGCGCUGUAAUCUCGCUGCGAACAGGAAUUCAACUAUAUGCUAGUAAAUAUUAUACAACUUACUUUAGCGCCGCCACGAGACAGCAGAGUAUCACUCUGCCAGUAUCGUUUCAGAUUAUGUUUGCUUGCUUUAUCCCACAAUCACCGACAACAAAAGGCAUUGCUUUCCGGGUGUAUACACGAUUCGAACGAGUGUUCACGGAUCACAUAGGAGAACCGAGGUUCUCGCGUUGGAUCCCCGAGGUUCGCUCGCAUUAAAGCAAAAUCUUGUGUGUGUCGUUGCUGCCCCUGUUCUUUAUUGUUACACUUUAGUGGCAGCAAUGUUGUCCUAGCCGUACUAUUUGGUAGUUACCCUGCUCAUCCUAGACCGAAGUUCGGGCGAAAAGAAAGUGUGCAGAUAAUUAGGAAAAUCCAUACAUUAUGAGACGGUACAAAAGUCGUCUCGAUCGUGAAAAUUAGGCUUUUUGGUACGUUUGAUGAGAAAAUGGGAAUGAUGCAAAACAGAACCACAGAAUAGUUUAUUACGGGUGACGUUAGGCGAAAUACGAGUGACAAGCUGCGCGGCCAGACAUGUUUAGGAUAAUGCGCAGGGAAACGGUUAUUGUUAACCUUUACAAAAACUGCCGAACGGAAUAGAACGUGGGAUACAGGUGAUAAGGUAGAGAAAGAGACUGGCACAUAGCACGGUAGCCUAGAACAAUAGACAACGGGCACUUAGUUAAUGUUGAAAGCGAUUUAUUUAUCCUUGUUUUCAUUUUUCUGUCUUGUCUGUCUCGUCUUUCUGUCGUCUAUAUUUAUUUUUGUGCUAUGAAAGUUUGCAUAACCGUCGAGAGGUGCACUAGUUUAAAAAAUGUACACAACAUCCGUUGGCGCCACAUCUUGAGUUACUUGAAAUGGUUAAUUCAUCAACUUGAAUU